AUGACGUCGCUGGCGGUAAUGGAGCUGAAUAACAACAACAACACCAACUGCGUUGGUGAUGAGAGCAGGAACGAGGAUGGCGAAAAGUAUCUACGCGAGCUGACGAAAACCUUCACCGGCAUCGACAAACCGUUAAAGAACGCGAGAAAGUGCGAAACGUUGACCGAUUUGAUCGGCGAACUGCGCAGAACGUUCGAUUCCGACCAUGUCAACAUUGAGUACGUGAACCAUCUGAUGCUGAGUUAUCAGUCGAACCCGGCCGAAUGGCGAAAGUUUGCCAAAUUUGACCGAUACCGCUACACCAGAAACCUGGUCGAUGCCGGAAAUGGCAAAUACAACCUGAUGAUUCUCUGCUGGAACGAAGGUCAUGCCUCGGCGAUACACGAUCAUGCCGAUUCGCAUUGCUUCAUGAAGAUGCUAAAGGGACAGCUGAUGGAAACGCGCUACGCAUGGCCCAAGGAUGCGGCAGUAACGGAAGACAGUAAGGCAGACAUCGGCAAUGGCCAGACCGGGCAGGAAGAGGUCGAAUACAAUGGUGAUGAGCUGGAAGAGCUCUCCAGGAGCACGCUGGAAACAAAUGGUGUGUGUUACAUUAAUGACACGCUCGGAUUGCACCGGGUGGAGAAUCCCAGCCACACCGAUGUGGCCGUCUCGUUACAUCUAUACUGUCCUCCGUUCGAUGUGUGCUCCAUCUUCAACAAACAGAACGGCAAGCGUACCAAGUGCAAGGUUACUUUCUGGAGCAAGUUUGGCAAACGAGAAACCAAUGUAAGUUGA